GCGCAUGUGCGAAGGUGUCCAAACUGACAAUGCGGGAGAGAUAGCGAGCGGAUUGAGAAAGGGAAAGAGAGAGUGAGAGAGAGAGUGAGUGAAAGACAGAGAGUGAGAGAGUGAGAGUGUGUGUGUGUGUGUGUGUGAGAGAGAGAGAGAGGGGGUGGGGGGGUGGGGAGAGAGAAAGACAUCUGAGAAUCUGAGAAUCCCAUCAUCAUCGGAGCCAGCCACCAUGAGAUCCAAAGGCAGGGCACGCAAACUGGCCACAAGUGAUGACAGCCUGUAUGAUGGGUAUGCAGCAAGCACAGCAGAAGAGGAGCCGAAUGCUGAUGAUGAGACAGGACAUCUGUCCCUCAGCACCCACGAUCUUUCCUCGCCUGCCACCUCAAUUGAAGACUUUACACCAAAGGAGGGCUCGCCUUACAAAGCUCCCAUCUACAUUCCAGAUGACAUCCCCAUUCCACCUGAAUUUGAGCUCCGUGAGUCAAGCAUUGCUGGUGCUGGAUUAGGAAUAUGGACUAGGAGAAAGAUUGAAAUGGGUGAAAAGAUUGGCCCUUACGUUGGAGAAGAGUUGUCGAGCCUGAAGGAUCCUUCUCAAGGCUGGGAGGUUUUGGACGAGUUAGGCAAUGUAAAGUUCUGCAUCGAUGCCAGCCAGCCUGAUAUAGGGAGCUGGCUCAAAUACAUCAGGUUCGGACGGAGCUACGAUCACAACCUAGUCGCAUGCCAGAUAAAUGAUCAGAUUUUUUACAGAAUUAUCCGAGACGUUAGCCCAGGGGAGGAGCUCUUGGUGUUAAUGAAGAGUGGAGGCUACCCACCAGAAAUAAUGGCUCCAGAGAUACACGAGGAGCAUGAAUAUCGCUGUGAUGAGUGCAAUAAGCUCUUCGAGUGCAAAGCAGAGCUGCUGGACCACCAGAAGUUUACCUGCAGCGGUUCCCCCACCGCAUUCUCCAUGGUAGACGAAGACUUCAAACCAAAACUGAAUGGGGAAGAUGAACUUCACGAGUGUAAGGAGUGUGAAGGAGUCUACCCAGAUGCUCAGAGCAGCCUGGACAGCCACCUGCUGACACACACAGAGGAGAGAGAAUACAAGUGUGACCAAUGCCCCAAAGCCUUCAACUGGAAGUCGAACCUUAUUCGUCACCAGAUGUCCCACGACAGUGGCAAGCACUAUGAAUGUGAAAACUGCUCCAAGCAGGUUUUUACAGACCCCAGCAAUCUGCAGAGACACAUUCGCUCACAGCAUGUCGGUGCUCGGGCCCACGCCUGCCCUGAAUGUGGAAAGACAUUUGCCACUUCCUCGGGUCUCAAGCAGCACAAGCACAUCCACAGCAGCGUCAAGCCAUUCAUCUAUUUUUAUCAGCUCCCCUUGGAUUCUGCCACUCAUAUCCACACUAGGGGAAACUUACAGUGGCCAAUUCACCCCCCAACGCACACACCUUUGGGAGGUGAGAGGAAACCGGAGCACCCAGAGGAAACCUAUGGAUCCACAGGGCGAAAGUGUGAUCUCCACGCAAACAGGACCCAAGGUGAAGUUUGUCACAAAUCAUACACGCAGUUUUCAAACCUGUGCCGCCAUAAAAGGAUGCAUGCGGACUGCCGAACGCAAAUCAAAUGCAAGGACUGCGGUCAGAUGUUCAGCACAACCUCGUCGUUGAACAAGCACAGACGAUUCUGUGAGGGGAAGAACCAUUUCACCACGGGAGGUUUAUUUGGCCAAGGCAUUGCCCUAACGAAUGCUCCCACUCUGGAGAAGUCCAGUCUGGUUAACUUGAAUCACAGCAACCCUGGCCUUGCUGACUAUUUUGGUGGCAACAGGCACGGGGCUGGACUAACCUUCCCGGCAGCCCCAGGCUUUCCGUUUAGUUUCCCGGGCCUGUUUCCCUCAGGCCUUUACCACAGGCCUCAGUUGAUACCUGCUAGCUCGCCGGUGAAAGCGUUAUCAGAACAGAUCGCCAAACACCAAAGCCAGAUGCUGUCAUCAUCCCAGGCACUGCCGAGCACACCAGACGCAUUGAAGGCCGCCAACCGCCAGUCGUCUUUGGACGGGGAUCGACCCCUGCAGGUUGCCAGCGAGAAGUCUUCUGGAGAGAAGCCCCGGAGUAAAACCAGUGACCAGUCAGAAAGCAGUGACCUGGAUGAUGUCAGCACACCCAGCGGCAGCGACUUGGAGACAACCUCCGGGUCUGACCUGGAGAGCGACGUUGAAAGUGACAAGGAGAAGAAUAAAGAAAAUGGCAAAACUGCGGAGGAGAAAGCAAAUAGCCCCCAGAAAGCAGUCCCUCUGAACAACAAUAAGCGAGAUUUUUCCAACCACUCACUUUUUUCCCCACCGCUGGAUGAACAGAUUGCAGUGACAGGAGCUGUUAAUGACUCCAUCAAGGCUAUUGCUUCCAUUGCUGAGAAGUACUUUGGUUCCACUGGACUUGUCGGCAUACAAGACAAAAAAGUAGGGCCUUUGCCGUACCCAUCCAUGUUCCCUUUUCAAUUUUUCCCCGCAUUCUCUCAACCGAUGUAUCCAUUCCCCGAUAGAGACUUAAGUGCUGUACCCUUAAAAAUAGAGCCCCAGUCACCCAGUGAGCUGAAGAAGCUGAGGGGGGCAAAUUCCGAGUCACCCUUUGACCUCACAACCAAACGCAAGGAGGAGAAGCCAGUGCCACCCGCGACCUUAAAGCCACUGACUUCUCACCAUGCAAGUGAAGAGCAGCCACUGGACCUGAGUAUGAGCAGCAGAAGCCGGGCCAAUGCAAGCACCCUGGUGGCGCCAAGAAAGAACCAUGUGUUUGGGGAGAGGAGGGGCUCCAGUAUCGAGCAAGCCAAGAGCUCUGACCAUUCACUGCAACAUGCCAAACCAACCCCUUUCUUCAUGGAUCCUAUAUACAGUAGAGUGGAAAAAAGGAAACUAGCUGACCCAGUUGAAGGACUAAAAGAGAAGUACAUGAAGCCUGCUCCCAGUUUCCUAUUCCAUCCACAGUUCCGCUUGCCAGAUCAGAGAAUUUGGAUGUCAGCGAUUGAGAACAUGGCAGAGAAGCUGGAAGGUUUCAGUUCAUUGAAGCCAGAAGCCAACGACCUCCUCCGUUCCGUCCCCUCAAUGUUUGAUUUUAGGGCUCCCCCGUCAGUCAUUCCAGAGAGCCUGCUGCGAAAGGGCAAGGAGCGGUAUACCUGCAGAUACUGUGGCAAGAUUUUCCCAAGAUCUGCAAACCUGACCCGACAUCUUCGGACACACACUGGAGAGCAACCUUACAGGUGUAAAUACUGCGACCGCUCCUUCAGUAUCUCCUCCAAUUUGCAGCGGCAUGUGCGCAACAUUCACAACAAGGAGAAACCAUUCAAGUGCCACCUCUGCGACAGGUGCUUUGGUCAACAAACCAACCUGGACAGACAUCUGAAGAAACACGAAAAUGGAAACAUGUCAGGGACUGCAACAUCUUCACCUCAUUCAGAAAUAGACAGUAGCAGCGCCAUUCUGGAUGACAAGGAGGAUUCCUACUUUACAGAAAUACGCAAUUUCAUCGGAAACAGUAACCACACUGAAUGUUCCCCUGGGCACUUAGAGGAGAGAAUUAAUGGGAGUCACCACGAGGAGAAAAAUCUCAUUGCCAGUCAGAAAAUUCGCGAAUUGGAUGAUGAUGAUGGAGAAGACGAAGUGGAGCUGGAGGAAGAGGAAGUAGCCUGCACCCCAAUGAGAAAACCGACCAGUGAUCCAGUUGCUUGUAAGCUGGAUGGAGGAAAUCAAGAUGGUUCUGAAUAUGAGGCAAGGGAACCAGAGCAGGAUAACAAGGAGUCUCCUAGCAGUUUUAAAGCAGAUGAUGUGAGGCUUGAAAACAAGAGUAGUCUUUCCGCCUUGGAACACAUCCGGCACUUCACAGACAGCCUCAACACAAGGAAAGCCGAGGGCAGCCAGUUUGUUGAGGCCGAUCUGAACACAUACAGCACUACCCAUCUGUCUGAGGAUCUGAAGCAGCCCUUGUACAGGAAAUCCAAGUCACAGGCAUACGCCAUGAUGCUAUCUCUGUCCGACAAGGAACCUAUCCACUCCUCGCCCCACAAUGCUCCCAAUAUGUGGCACAGUCUGCCGAGACCUGCAACAGAGCCCAGCACCCUGCAGUCCAUCAGCCAUGUAUGACACUUUGCAAUAACCGGAUGGGACCAAGUCCAGCGGCAUACAUAGCAUGGCAUUCCUUUCAUUUUGAUUCUUUUAUUUUUAACCCUUUCCUUUCGUGUCUAUUUAUAGAGAGAGACUCCUGAGCAGAGAGCCUUAGAAAUCUGCUGGGUCACCCCGAUCGGAAUUUUGUGACCUUAAACUGACAGUUUAAAAAAAAAAGAAUUGUAUUUAUUCUCCUAGUAUUUUGUUUUGCACAGCGAAGGCAGCUGCGUUGUUGUGAGGUUCAAUGCAACUCAAAGUAGUUCAACUAGGAACUGGGUGCCAAUGGCUCAAUGACCCAGGCUGCCGACUUCCAUUGUACUAACUGGGAGAGGGUAUGACCAUUCUCAAUGUAUCCGAGCACUCGACUUACCGAAAACUAAAUCAUUUGUAUAAAAUCCAUGAUAUGGGGGAGUUUUGGGCGACAUUGUCUCUUCCUGUACAAAUUUACUCCUUGCAUUAUUUUUCCGUUCUUUUAAGCACAAUCAGCUCGACUUUUAUUGUGUGAUAAAAACAAUUCAAAGUCUGCUUCAUAAAACAAAGACAACACUGAAGAUCUCCAAUCUGCUUUCCAAAAAUAAAUGUUUCUCCCCCACACCCCUCCCCCCCGCUGUAAUUUUCCAAAUUAACUUUAAUUUUAGACAAUCAUUUUUGUAAUUUUUUUUAAAGACCUGUGCGCAGCACUGUGCUAUUUAUUUGUUCGUGUAGUAAUCUCACACUGUUCAGUCCACACACAAGCAUACACACAUACUGACAGGUGCUUUAUAUCACAGGUUGAGAUCUUUGAUCCUGAGUUUGGGGCAGGGAGGGUGAGGGGUGGGGAUAGGGAGGGAGGGGGGUUGGGUGGGGGGGGGGGGGAGGGGAGGGGAGGGGGGGAGGCUGUGGAUAUACACGAGUGCCAAAUAAUGUUGGGGCGAAAAAAACAAAAAAAAAAUCAAUCUUAUGCGUUUUAAUGAAUCUGCCUAAUGAAUAGACUUUACUUAGUUUGUUUUGUUUAAUACAAUGAGCUGAUUCGAUUGUAUAAACAGUUAUGAUUCCUUCAUUACAGCAUGAUUCUCCUAAUUAGACCUGUACCUGAUAUUUUAAGCUAUUUGUCUGCUUGUGUGGUGUUUUGUUCCAGUAAUCCUAUUCAGUGCAGCAGUUAAGGUAUAAAUGUGCCAAACUUAUGUUAAAAAAAAACAAAAAAAAAACAGAUUGUAUUUCUUUUAUUUCGCCGUUCAUGGCGAGCAGAUUCGUCUUUUCUUUUGUUUAUAUCUGAUUUUGAAUAGCCAGCAAAUUGAGGUACUUUCUCUAAAUGCUUUGUACAAUGUAUCUGUUAUGCAUUUAAAUAAAAAUAUAAUGAGAGGAACAGCUAAUAAAAAUAAAAGCAAA